GCAUGCAGUGGCACUACCGGCCGGGCCGGACAACGACUUUUUUUUUUCUGUUGACUGCUGGCCAAUGGAGCACCACGUAGCCACCGUCGCCCUUGAGCACUCAUGUUCGCCCUCUCUGGGAGAAAGAGAGAGGGAGAGCGAGAAGGAGUGGAAGAAGGCAGCAUGGACUGUCGCCAUCCAUGACCCUCCUCUUUCUUUGCCCCUGUUGAAAUCCGUCCUCCAUCAAACCAGCCCAGCAGCAAACCCAGAACCCCAUCAUCAGUCGAGCAGCCAAGCCUGUUUUUUAAUUUUUUUAUUUAGCCUUUGAGCGACGGGAAAGUCUGAACCGGGUUUAGCAGAGAUAAAGCUUGAUCGGGCGGCACGCCCCCUGACUCGCGACUUGGCGCGAAGGGCGCGCGACUGUGGAGACCCCUCCCCUCCUCCCCCCCUCCACCAUGCAGGUUGCCACCCAGGUUGCUCGCGGGAGGCGCUUCGUAUAAGCCGGCCAGUGGGGAAAAAAAAAGGGAUGGAAUGGGAUGAGAAUGCAUUGUUGGAAACGAAGGUCCCGUGCCAAGGGUCCAAGGUCCGGUUCUUGCCUGCUGUCUAUUCUUUGUUUUCGGACUACCUGCUCAAGUGCCGAUCCGGCCGAGCCAACAUCACCACUACCAUUAUGAGCAGGCAAUGCAUGUAUGCACAUGUAAAUUCCAUGCAGCAUACAUGUUUGGUAGAUAUCUCGAAGCGAGGCGCGGCACUCUCGACGCAACUCGGGGUGGUCCGCCCUCCGCGGAGCCCGCCGCCUUGGCUGUCUGUCGACAUCGUUCAACUUUGCAUCAUGGCAAGCAGCAUCAUCGCCUCCAACGAUCGACGGGCUAGAUGCAAGGUUGAGCCCGGAUCGAGGUGGUCCAAAGACCAGGCACAGGCAGACUUUGAUAUUUUUCCUAUUAUACCCUCCCCUGCUCUCCCAUAUUACCUUUGCGGGCUUCUCGACCAUUCCAAGCGCCCCAUAAAUCCCGUGGUCAAGUGAAAAACGCACCUGCCUGGCUAUCUGGAUGGUCCAACGGCAUUGACGGCUUGCAGCGAAA